AGGGAAGAAGACCCUCACCUUAGAAUCCAAAAGGCCAAUUUCACCGGACAAUCUUGACAUGCUUCCAGUUAGGCUGGCGUCCUUGCCUGGUGUGUCUACACUCUGUGUCUACAUAGGCUUCUAGGGAGACCCUGGUGCUGGAACACCUCAGUGGAAUCCCCACAGGACAUCACCAUCCCCCGGGGACUGUUAUUGCCCCUGACUACCAGGAUCGUGCACUUGUGGGGCUGUUACCCUCCUCAGCAGCUUGCUUUUCUAGGGCAAAUGUGCUGCCCCACCCCCCUUCCUGUGUGUGCCCUUGGCAGUCACAGAGGGACCCAUGGGCCACCUGGGGGAGGGAUGACGGCUGAGAGAGGACGGACUGAUGGACAAUGGCCUCAGGCCCAGGUGAUGGCUGCUGCGUUGAGAAGACAUCGUUCCCAGAGGGAGCCUCAGGCUCACCCUUAGGACCCAGGAACUUGAGUUGCUACAGGGUUUCCAAGACAGACUAUGAGUGCUCCUGGCAGUAUGAUGGCCCUGAGGACAAUGUUUCUCACGUCCUGUGGUGCUGCUUUGUCCCUCCGAACCAUACCCACACCGGCCAGGAGCGCUGCCGCUACUUCUCCUCAGGCCCAGACCGCACUGUGCAGUUCUGGGAACAGGACGGUAUCCCUGUGCUGUCCAAGGUCAACUUCUGGGUGGAGUCUCGGCUUGGGAACCGAACCAUGAAGUCCCAGAAGAUAUCCCAGUACCUGUACAACUGGACCAAGACGACCCCUCCCCUGGGACACAUCAAGGUGUCACAAUCACACCGGCAGUUGCGAAUGGACUGGAAUGUGUCUGAAGAGGCCGGUGCUGAGGUACAGUUCAGGCGCCGUAUGCCCACAACGAAUUGGACCUUGGGUGACUGCGGACCUCAGGUUAACUCUGGCUCAGGUGUGCUUGGUGACAUUCGUGGGAGCAUGUCUGAGUCCUGCCUCUGCCCUUCUGAGAACAUGGCCCAAGAGAUCCAGAUACGGAGGAGGAGGCGGCUCUCCUCAGGAGCCCCUGGAGGUCCCUGGAGUGAUUGGAGCAUGCCUGUGUGUGUUCCACCUGAAGUCCUUCCCCAGGCCAAGAUUAAGUUCUUGGUGGAGCCCCUGAACCAAGGUGGAAGGAGGCGUCUAACCAUGCAAGGACAGUCACCACAGCUGGCAGUCCCGGAAGGCUGCCGAGGCAGGCCUGGUGCGCAGGUGAAGAAGCACUUGGUGCUGGUGCGCAUGCUGUCCUGCAGGUGCCAGGCUCAGACCUCGAAGACCGUGCCCCUGGGCAAGAAGCUGAACCUCUCCGGGGCCACCUAUGACCUGAAUGUGCUCGCCAAAACUCGUUUCGGUCGCAGCACCAUCCAGAAGUGGCACCUUCCUGCCCAAGAGCUCACAGAGACAAGAGCCCUGAAUGUCAGCGUGGGAGGCAACAUGACAUCCAUGCAGUGGGCAGCCCAGGCUCCCGGCACCACCUACUGCCUUGAGUGGCAGCCAUGGUUCCAGCACAGGAACCACACACACUGUACCCUGAUUGUACCAGAAGAAGAGGAUCCUGCCAAGAUGGUGACACACAGCUGGAGCUCUAAACCUACCCUGGAGCAGGAGGAAUGUUACCGCAUCACAGUGUUCGCCUCCAAGAACCCCAAGAAUCCCAUGCUGUGGGCCACAGUCCUGUCCAGUUACUACUUUGGGGGUAACGCCUCGAGAGCCGGUACUCCACGACACGUGUCGGUGAGGAACCAAACCGGGGACUCGGUGUCCGUGGAGUGGACGGCGUCACAGCUGAGCACCUGCCCGGGGGUCCUGACGCAAUACGUCGUGCGCUGCGAGGCUGAAGACGGCGCGUGGGAGUCAGCAGAGUGGCUCGUGCCACCCACUAAAACCCAAGUGACACUUGACGGACUGCGCAGCCGAGUAAUGUACAAGGUUCAGGUGCGAGCCGACACUGCGAGGCUCCCGGGUGCCUGGAGUCAUCCCCAGCGCUUUAGCUUUGAGGUGCAGAUUUCCCGUUUAUCCAUCAUUUUCGCGUCUCUGGGAAGCUUCGCCAGCGUCCUCCUCGUGGGCAGUCUCGGAUACAUUGGCUUAAACAGGGCCGCCUGGCACUUGUGCCCACCCCUGCCUACACCCUGUGGCAGCACUGCCGUGGAGUUCCCUGGCAGCCAGGGCAAGCAGGCUUGGCAGUGGUGCAACCCUGAGGACUUCCCGGAGGUGUUGUACCCGCGAGAUGCGCUGGUGGUCGAGAUGCCCGGAGACAGAGGCGACGGGACAGAGUCGCCCCAGGCCGCCCCUGAGUGCGCCCUGGACACAAGGCGGCCCUUGGAGACUCAGAGGCAGAGGCAGGUGCAGGCACUGUCAGAGGCCAGGCGCCUGGGCCUGGCUAGGGAGGACUGUCCCCGUGGUGACCUGGCCCACGUGACACUCCCGCUGCUCCUGGGAGGUGUGACCCAGGGAGCCUCUGUACUUGACGAUCUUUGGAGGACCCAUAAGACUGCGGAGCCGGGACCGCCCACUUUGGGGCAAGAGGCCUGACUGUUGCAUCUCCAGCCUGCUCCCUCCUCAGGAGCCCCUAAACUGCAACAGCUGGUCAUAAUGGCUGUCCUAUUUUAUAGAUGUGAUUCUUGAGGCCCAGAGAAGGUGACUGUCUUGCCUGAUGUCACACAGCGUUUGCAGGACGCAGACCCAGGCCUUUCUCCCGGUUCUGUAGCACCCUUCUCUUCUCCCACCCACUCCCUCCAGCGCCUAUAGCCACACCGCCUGUGAGGGGAACAUGGAAACCUCCAAGAAGGGGAAAGUGCUUCAUGCAGCUUUGCUUGGUAUCCUCAGGGCAAGGCUGGACCCUAUCACUGGUCUGUUUAUUUUUGGGGGGGUCCUUCCAGUCUGAGGGGACAUGGUCAGUCACAGGCUCAGUUUGCCUCCAGCGUCCUUGGCUGGGGUCACAGAAUGACUCUAGAGCGUCAUAAAUUAGGUUACCUAAAAAGCAGGGCCUAGACAUUCACGGGAAGUUUAUACGUCUGGACUCAGUUUCCCUAUUAGAGUAUUGGGCACUUAAUAAAUGGGCCUUCCCAGAGACUGAGAAACUAAAUCUGGCCGUCGUGGUGCACGUCUGUCAUCCCAAUACCCAGGAGGCAGCUGCAGAAAGAUGAGCUUGGACUGCAAAGCGAGUCCGAGGGUAGCCUGGGCUACAUGAGACCCUGUCUGGAGGACAGUGUGGACAGUCACCUAGAAUUCCGAGAUAAGACCUGGGUAGUACAGAUAGUUGAGGCGAGAGGCCCAGCUCCCUUCCCAUGUGCUCGCCCGCCCGUCAAGAGGACCCUGGGUUCCCUCUUUUCCUGGCGCUACAGCCACGGUAAACGCGCGUCCGUAAUGUCUCACUUUGGCCGCUAGGAGGCAGCAGCGACGCGUGUCGCCUCCGCCCGCCCUGCACAUGAGGCUCAAAUUGGACUUUUCCAGUUUGAACUACCCAAGGUUUGAGAACCCUUUUAUAACAAGAGUAUGCGAAGCUAGUAGGGCGAGGCCUCCCAGACCUGGAACCUGCGUUAUCAUAGAAGCUUCUAGCUGGCGAAGGAGCCGUGGUCUCCGGGUCCAGCCACACAGUGGUUACACAAAUAUUUCGGUUAUGGUAGCCCGUUUCCAGUGCUGGGGUAUGUUGGGGUUCCUCCAGGGACCCCGGGAGGUUGAAGCAGAGGACACUUCUACGCUUGGGAGAAUUUGCCAACACACCUAGAGUCUGCCUGGACUCGGGUGGAGAAGGCAAGACCAGACCUGGGGGUGGAGAGUCAGUCACCAGCAUCCAGCCACGUGUGGUGGACAAACUUUCCGUGGAGUAUAUUUUGUGUCCAACAGGCUCCAUCUGGCUUCUGGCUAAGGGAAAGACGGGUGGGUGGCGGACAGAGUGACAGCCUAGAAUCCCCCUUAAGGAAGUGGGGGCGUGGCUCAGAGUCAGAGAAGCUGCCUAGAAUUUCCAAAGUGGGCUGGGGACGUGGCUCGGGGAGCAGAGUAACAAUUUAGGAUUCCUAUGUCGUGGCUCCAGGAUGGGAUGAUCAACAUAAUGCUAAUUGCCUUGGGUCUGACCAUCACCAGUGCAAAACACAGUUCCUUACUGUGUUCCAGACAUCCUGCGUGCUCAGCCCCUGUGGCAUGGGAUGUCUCACAGGCUACUGCAGGCAAACACGGAUCCAGACAUCACACCCACACUUUUUUUUUCCUUUUUUUUUUUUUUUUGGUUUUUUUUGAGACAGGGUUUCUCUGUGUAGCCCUGGCUGUCCUGGAACUCACUCUGUAGACCAGGCUGGCCUCGAACUCAGAAAUCCACCUGCCUCUGCCUCCCAAGUGCUGGGAUUAAAGGCGUGAGCCACCACGCCUUUUUGUUCUUAAGACUCCAUUCUAAGUUAACUUGCCCUUAGAGAGGCAUGGCCCCCUCCCUUGAGGUCUGAGAAAAAUCACAAAAUGUCCUUGGCAGUUACAAAAUAGACACAGCAGCUGCAGCUGGCUGGUAACAACAAAGUGGGCUAAGAAAACAUAAGUCAUUCCCAGGUCAAGGUGCUCCUUCUUGUUGUAUGCUCCCUCUGUAAGCUCUGCCCCACAGUUACCUGGCAACAACCAGGUAGGUCUGAUUCACUAUUAAAGGGGCUGCUUGCCCCCUCCUCUCUUGCUCUCUUGCUCACCCUCUCUCCCCAUUCCGUUCCCCCACUCUCUCCACAUGCUCAUGGCUGGCCUCUUCUUCUCUACUCUCUCCCUCUCUCUGCCUUUCUCUGCCUCUACUAGCCUCUUAACUCCCCUCCCCAUGCCCUGAAUAAGCUCUAUUCUAUACUCUACCGUUUUGGGGCUGGUCCUUCAGGGGGAAGGGAGGCCUUGGCAUAGGCCCACUGAGACUUCCCCUUCUCCCAUACCUGACUACGUCCCCAUAGAGGAUACCCCCAUCUUUAUCUUUUUAUAAACACAUCACCCUCCUUGUGGCUUAACCAGGUGCUUGUAAACCAAUUAGCUUAAAGACUAACACAUCUGUACCCUCUUAUGUAAUGCCAAGGCUUGGAAACCCCAGUCUCGGUGUUUGGUUUGUUGUUGUUGUUUGUUUGUUUGUUUGUUUCCCCCCUUUAGAGACCCCCUUCACUCAGACCUGGGGGUUCAGUCUCCUUCCUGUUCCAUCAGGAAGGUUGGUGGCCCGAGCUUGAUCUUCAAUAAAAACCCUCAUGCGCUUACA